AGAUGGCGGAACUAUUUGCCAAGUACACCUGUACUAACUGUCAAGAAGAUAUCCCUGGGAUUCGAGUUCAUUGUGUCGUUUGUGCCGAUUUUGAGUUAUGUCUCGCGUGUUUUGCAGCGGGAGCCGAAAUAGGUCAACAUCGCAAUGAUCACUCGUAUCAGUUUAUGGACUCGGGAAUUCUGUCCAUCUAUCGUGGUAAAAAUGGUUGGUCAGCACGAGAGGAACUUCACCUACUGGAUGCAAUCGAGCAGUUUGGCUUUGGAAAUUGGGAAGACAUAAGCAAACACAUCGAAACACGGUCACCAGAGGAGGCUAAGGACGAAUAUGUUUCUAGAUUUCUCAACGGGACUGUGGGGCGUCAUACUUGGUCGUCGGCAAUUGAUCAACGACCACAGCUAACCGAUCAUACCUCGGACGAUACGGGCCCUUUGAGUCAGUUGCUAACCCAGAAGUUGCCACCGAUGGAUUGCGCUCCCGAGGAAGCAGCUGUUUUAGGAUACAUGCCAAAUCGCGACGAUUUUGAGCGUGAGUAUGAUCCAACGGCCGAGCAACUGGUGUCUACUUUGUCGCUUCAACCAGAUGACGAAGACGUCGACAUGCUGCUUAAGUUAGCACAAGUUGACAUUUAUACGAGAAGACUCCGCGAACGAGCCAGGCGAAAACGCGUUGUCCGAGAUUAUCAACUUGUGAAAAACUUUUUCCGAGGCAACGCUCAUCGCAUACGAAUGAGCCGUGAUCAGCGUGAAUUUCGUGAACGUUUGCGCACUUUUUCUCAAUUCUACACUUCAUCAGAAUUUGAAAGUCUAAUAUCGUCAUUGGAACGGGAACGAAAUCUUCGCAUACGUCUUUCUGAGUUGAACCGUUAUCGCUGGAACGGUCUCCAACGUCUAGAUGAAGCCGUUCACUUUGAGCAACACGCAGCGGCAGCACAGCACCGAAAUACCGGUCCUUACGGUCACGGACGUACGGACAACCGAAGCAAAGGCGCCUCAUGCGAGACAAGCAAGGGAUCCUCGGUGUUGUCCAGCUCACAGAUAGCAAGAAAAAGCGAAAACGACGGCCGAAGCUUAAAUUCCACCGACCAAAGGCUCACGCACCACACCGACGACCGGGUCUUUUGCGACGGAUCAUUCAACAGCAGAAACUUCUCGGAUAGCUCACGGGGAAUGGAUCCGUCGAGGCAUCAGGAGGGGAGUCAUCACAGCAACCCGCAGUCGCUUCCGGAUCCGGUGCAGCAGCCCGGCGUACAGCUACUAACGUCAAACGAGUUACAGCUGUGCAGUUCUCUCAACCUGCCAGUCACACGAUACCUUAGCCUCAAAACCGUACUGCUUGGGCGGCCUUCGCUCGACCACGGCAUUAGCUCGGUUGCGGAGGGCAUGGUGAAAAAGUAUCUCAUUAAGUCAGGUUGGUUGCAAACCAGUCCGCAGAACUAGCUACAACGCUUCGGGGCUUCGGUUCGGUAAGUUUUCAAAUAAAUUUUUUAAAAAUAAUACAGCAGCUUCCUGACAGCUUGGCAAACUGUUUAUGCAUUCGCAGAUGCAGAAAAAACACUGUGUGAUCGUUAGACAAACUAAAGACUCUUUGAAAAAUCAACUGGAUUUAUUUGAAAAUUUAGUUAAAACUGUCUUUUUAUGCAAUUAUUUUUUAAUCUUAUAAUAAAGCAAAAUUGCAUUGCCAGUUAUAAAGUAAGAGGCUGGCGGUGUGAAUUGUCAGUAAAUUCUAUGAAAAAAAGGUAUAGGGGCGGAAAGAACAAUUUAAUGAUUUUCAAAAAAUUAAUGGCCAAAUCUAAACAUCACUCAUUGUAAACGUUAGAGGCAUGAAGCAGUUGAAAACUCAAUAUCAAAAAUAAUAAAAUUGAUUAGUUUUAAAUUGAUGGAAAUUCGGUAAUUUAUAGAAAUUCGCUGGUUAUUCUUGGGAUGUUUACGCAGUUCUUUCUGAAUGUUGAGUAGUAAAUGUGACCACAUGUACUUUCCGGUUACUUCUCCUAUAAUCGCCCAUUACCAAUGUGUCGUUCGCAAUAGGUCACAGUGAAUAUAUAAAUUUUUUUUCUCAGUUCGCUCUUAUGCUGAACGAAGCGUAAUAUUUGACGAUAGGUAUCACCGCUAUUGUCAGCUCAAGUUUUGUUUGUUUGGAUUAAGGUACCCACCUUAUUAUCGUAUUGAAACAUGUUGAUCAAAUUAAAUAUCGCAUUUGCCUAUAAAUUCCAGCUUUGUUUGUCCAGUAAAACAUUAUUUCGACUAAUGUAACCUAAAUGUAAAACACCUAGUUAUCUCAUUUUAUCAUGAUAUAAAAAAUAAUGAAAACGGAUAAGAGUCAAUAUAUGGCACAUUUUCUGUGUAUCAAUUCUUCAAAUGUUAAUUAGCAGUAGAGGACAAAACCAAUACUGGAUAAAAAAAAUUUGAGAAAAUAAACAAAUCGCGAUCAUUUUGAGUCAUCGUCUGAGUGUCUUGACUGUGGUUUUCCUACUAACGAAGGCUUUGACAACGAGAACAUUAUUUUGCGAGAUUGACGCAGUCAAGAUUGGACAAGGUUUUCUGUUUUCGUAGUUAGUAACUAGUAUACCUAUUACAGAUGUCGUUUAAUCUGAUGUAUGAAUAGCCAAAUAGGAAAUAUUCCAAAUUACUCAUCGCAUUAAGACGGAUAAUGUUAUCACUAGCAACGCCAGCUUGAAACCAGAUAACAAACGACUUGCUACUCAUGAUUGGAAUGUAUAGAAAUAUCUGAUUUUAAUCAGCAAUGCAAACGUGUUACAAAUAGACAAUUCAAUAAAUAAUAAA